AUGGCCAGAGCGCGACUCAUGGAUGGCGGCCGCGAUACCGAUGAUGCAAAGCAACUACACGGGGCCAAAGCCCUAAUUAACUUCACGGGCCAGAUGCCAUGCCGCUCCCGCUGGUCGAUUCCAGGGGUCUUCUUUAUAAUGUUUGUACUGAGCUGGUGGCUUCAUUGGCCCAUUACCAAUUCCGUCAAAACGUUGCUCAGAAAAGGAAAUAAGUGUGAUCGAGAGACAGCUGACCAAGUGGUCCGGCGGUACAACCUCACUAUAGGAGCUCGAUGGAUGAACUUAGUGUUUACAGAUGGUGGAUACUGGAGAGGUAUAUUCGUGUGUAACGGCGAGAGCCCCUGCCCGACCUUGUUCGCCGAAGAAGGCGAUAUCGUGGAGCUCAACGUUCAUAACGAUUUAUUCGCCCAAGUAUCAAUCCAUUGGUCCGGGAUGAAUCAUCGAAGGUUUGGCUUUUAUAACGAUGGCACCGGUGGUUUAAAUCAAUAUGGCAUCCUUCAACGCGGAAACUUCACGCAUCGAUAUGACACCACGGGGCACUGGGGAUUGAACUGGUAUGCCGAUCAUACCGGUACGGGUAUCAUGGACGGUGCUCAUGGUGUUGCCUACAUCGCGCCCUCGCCUUCACGACCUCGUCCGUACCGCCAAAUCGCCACGUCUCCUACCGAACUGGUACUAAUACAAGAGGCGGAACGGAACGCUCAGCACUUACUAGUAUGGAACUAUUACCGGCGUGAUGCCGGGUGGCGAGUUCUUGAAAUGAGGAGUGAGGGGACCAAUCUGAAUUGCUAUGACUCCAUCCUUGUCAAUUCCAAAGGCCGCCGCCACUGCCGCCACCUAGAAUACUCUCAUCUUGGUGGCAAGAGGCUAGAUGAAUCCGGCUGUGCCAUAGAGGCAGGGAAUGAGGGUGUCCAGUGCAGCCCCACGGAGGCUGAUUACGAGAUAAUUGAGACGCACGGGAAACCCUGGAUAAUGCUAAACAUUCUGAAUAUCGGCUUUGAACACGCUGUUCAAUUUGCCAUUGACGACCAUCAGAUGUGGAUUGUUGCGAAUGACGGUGGCUUCGUUGAUCCAAAGCUAGUGGAUGUGCUUUACCUCACGAAUGGGGCCCGUUACACUGUUGUAGUCAAGCUUGACCGCGAAGGGGCCGAUUACGCCAUGCGUCUUGUUUCAACAAGCACUCAUCAGAACCUCCACGGAUAUGCCAUUUUGAGAUAUCCGGCCCUGAGAUAUCCGCAACAUGGGGCUCCAAUGUCCAUACAGAAUCCACAAAGUGGCUCGCCACCUUGUGUGAACCCCGAUGGCUCCAUUCACGCCUCAUGCAAUACAACAGCGCCGUCUACUUUGGCACCGCACCCCCCAUCGCCUCCCCCACCUGCCAACAAAACGUUGCAUUUCCGCAUCGGCCAUCAGCCUUCGCGGUAUGAGGAGCACGUUACUGAGUACUAUCUGAACCAGAAGCCCUAUCAGCUCUUCCACGCUCAGAUGAGUCCGUUGCUAUUCCUUAACAACCUGACAGCCAUUGAACCUCCCAUUGUGGGGGACCUUCCUUGGGGCACGACUGUUGACGUGAUCGUUCAUAACUCGAUCGAUGACACAAUGCCGCUGUACAAGCAUGGUGAUCCCAUGUUCCUACUCGGUUCCAAGGCCAAUGCAUCGUGGGAAUGGGACACGGUCCAAGAUGCGAUAGCGGCCGGUAUGGAGGAGCUCGACCUCAAGAAACCAUCACUACAGCUGGUACACGACGUCCCACCCUUAGGCUGGGCAGUGCUACGAUGGAAAAUCCAGGUCAAGGGUGCCACGAUGUUGCACUCGAAUAAGUUUAAGUACUACGCGGUGAGUGUAUCAAUCCUAGUCCCAAACUGUAACGGCAUCUGA